AUGGUGCAGCCCUUGUUUCUCUUUCAAAUCCUCACAGAAACGCAGGAAGCUCUAUUAGAUACACCAGACCAGCUUACUCGUACUGAACGGGAAGCUUUAUUCACGAGAUGUGCCAGCGUCGUGUUUGGUCCGUAUACCACCUAUCCCUCGGGGUGGGUCAUCAACUCCAAGCAAGAUAACGUUCGACUGCGGAGAGAAAACGUCAUCGAGUGGUUACUAUGGGCAUUAUUUGCAUGUAAACGCGAAAAUGCGCUUUUAGACGAGUGGAAGGAUGAGAUGGAGGGUUAUAUUAGAAGCAUAGAGGAGAGACUGGGGUAUAAACUAGAAGAAGGCCAUGACGAGAACGCAAGGUCUAUGCGGUUAACGUUUGAUGAACUCGAGUCGAGUUAUAGAUUAUCAGUCCACGGUUGUUGUUUCUUGUUCGCGGAGAUUCCGUUCUCUGAUUACGCGCACCACAGCCUUCCACGUCCACCUACACGGUACACCUAA